AUGAAUUUAACAAUCAAUGGAAUGCUCAGUGGAAUCCUUGGAUUUAACGGUUUCGGUUUGAAAUUGUACAAGAGUUUGGGCUUGGCUGGUGAUAUUGAAGCAGAAACGGAAGGUUUACUUUUAGCGAAUGAUAUCGAUACUCGGGAAUUCUCCUCCUCUGCAUUAUCAUCACUUCCAAUCACCGAAGCUUGCGAAUGGAAAAUUGAUGAGGUUGGUGUUCACAUUGCGGAUGUGUCGCAUUUUGUACAGUCGGGAACCGAGCUGGAUCACUGGGCAUACAGUCGUGGAACGUCUGUAUAUUUAGUUCAUAAAGUCAGUAGCACUUUAAACAGUUUUUUCUUUUCACCGCUACUUUUUAGUUCAUAA